CAGGGCCCGCCAAUGCGUGAAUCUGUAUCUUCCAAUGAGGGCCCACGAUAGUCCUUGUUUCCCACCCACUGACCGGACAUCCAAUUGUCAGCCCCGGCGCGCAGUCCGCGGGGAUCCAAAGUGGACGGAGGAUUGAGCCGAAGCACUGAACGGGGAAGGAUGGAGGCGGCGGAGACCAAAGCGGAGGCUGCAGCCCGAGAGGCCUUGGCCAAGGUGGCAGACAUCCUGGAACCUACAGGUCUUCAGGAGGAGGCAGAACUGCCCGCCCAGAUCCUGGCUGAGUUUGUGAUGGACUCUCGGAAGAAAGACAAGCUCCUCUGCAGCCAGCUACAAGUAGUAGACUUCCUACAGAACUUCUUAAUCCAGGAAGACACUGCGCAGGGCUUGGACCCCUUGGCUUCUGAAGACACAAGCCGAAAGAGGGCAAUUGAAGCCAAAGAGCAAUGGAAAGAGCUGAAGGCCACCUACCAGGAGCAUGUGGAGGCCAUCACAAGUGCCUUGACCCAGGCACUGCCCAAGAUGGAGGAGGCCCAAAAGAAGCAAGCACAGCUACAAGAGACCCUUGAACAACUCCAGGCCAAGAAGCAAGUAGCUGUGGAAAAACUCAGAAUAGCCCAGAAGCAGUGGCAGCUGCAACAGGAGAAGCAUCUGCAGCACCUGACAAAGGUUUCUGCAGAGGUGAAGGAACGUCAGAUGGGAACUCAGCAGGAGUUUGAACGUCUGUAUCAGGAACUUGGGGCCCUGAAGCAACAGGCAAGGCAGGAGCAGGACAAACUGCAGAGGCAUCAGACCUUCCUCCAGCUGCUUUACACCCUACAGGGUAAGCUGCUGUUCUCUGAGGCUGAGGCGGAGGCACAGAUACCACAAGAACUGAACCUUCCUAAGGAUAAGCCCCUGCAGCUGACCCAACCCCAGGAACAGAACCCUCAGGACAUCAUGGGAAGAGAUGGAAGUGUGUCCUCUAAGGUCGACAGCCCCCAGCCCAUUGGAGAUGCAAGCUUACCAUGGCUUCCUGGGGCACAGCAACAUGGGGAAGGAUCCUAGAGCAGGUCAGAAUCCAGCUCAGGCCAUGGUGUCCUUGGACUUCAGCCUCAUCUUUCAGGUAUGAAGUAAGAUAGAUACGGUUUUUUGAGGGCCUGCAUCAUUACUGGUUGAGGGGGGCUCAGAGAAGAUUGAGGAUACGCCAUCAGUGAGUAUACAUGCCAAGAAAGGCUUCCUCAAUCAACCUAUCCCCCCUCCCUCCCACAUGGUCCCUGCUAUAUAUAUAGCCUUCUGGCAAUCACAUAUCCAGUCUCAUUUUUCCUCCUACUGAGUGGGCCCCCUUAUCCCUACAAUCUGAUUUCCUUUCUGGUCUCAUAUACCCCAAAAUGUCUGCAUAUAUUUAUCUACCCACCCUGGGAAACUGGCUGUGGUUUGGGAUGGUGUGGAGUUUCUGUGUCCUUGCACUUACUAUAGCUAAAUGAAAAGUCAGCAGGGAAGAGAAGACACUCACAUGGAGCCCACCAGGCUGGGGCAGAAGAAUAAUAUCCUGAGAUACUCUAAGCCAAGGGACUGGGCAAGGAGUUUGGAUGGUACAGCAAACUUCUGGGAACCAGAUUUCUCUCAAGGAGUAUGGAAUACAUCCACACACACUGAGGCCGAAAAGGAGGGGAGGCUUGAGCAUCUGUAAUGUUUAGAGCCCUUGAAUUGACUGUGGCUGAAGCAUCAAGAUGGCCAGAAUCAUCUUGACUGACAAGCUCAGGAAUUGGGAUUUGCUUUCAGGUAGAAGCUGGACUUAAGCUUCAAGCUGUUCUCAGCCCUCUCUUAGGAUUCCCUAAAGACUUUCCUUGUUUACUGAUACUUGCCUAAGGUAGACAUGUGCAAAGAGGGAAAAUAUCCCUGGGAAAUUGUGGUCUCUUACACAAAGACAUGGAGAUUUAUGAGUCCACAGAAAUUGCUGAAAGGCCCUGCUGCCUUCUGGAGAUUUUUUCUCUUCCCCUUUCCAUUGAAAGAAGGGACACCAAAACCAGGGAAGAGCAGAAAGGAGCAGGGACUAGGCAGUGAAUCAGCACAGUCCACACACUGUUACUCUGUCUUGACCAGAAGUCGUCUUGAUAACUUAAAGUGAAGAUUAAGCUUACUCUAUUAAACAGAUAGGAAAGCUUUCUUUUUCUCUUCUCUGUAAGAACAAAGUUUUUCUUUUUAAAGACAAUUUAUUUUGUGGUUAAACACAUUUUAAAAUUUUUUUUUAGUUUCAGUUUCGUAUUUUCUAUAUAUUGUUAAUUUUUCCUAGGGAUUUGUCAUUUUCAAAUUUUUUUAAGUUCGUAUAAAGUUGUUAUAAUCUUUUUUAUCUAAACCUGCAGCCCCUUUCAGGAUGGUCUAAUGUUAUGUUCCUGAUACUUUUUUUUUUUUGCUUAAUUUUUUUUCCUUGGUCAAUCCUUUCAUGUUUUCAUUCAUUUUCAAAUAUUGAAAGAUUGACUCUUGUGAUCUGCUAUUGUAUGUUUGUUCUGAUUCAUUGACUUGUAGCAAUAUCUUGAUCAUUUUCUACCUUCUGUUUUUAGGUGAGGAAUGUGCACUUUUUUGGUUAAACCAUUUUUUAUCAGAUAACAAUUAUUUGUAUUUGGAUCUUUUUUUUCUCAAACACUUAAGGCUAAAAAUUUCUUCUGGCUUCUUAUUAGUAUUUUUUGGUCAUUCAAUUCAUAGAAUUUUCUAUUAAAAUUGCCUAUUUGAUUCAAAAGUUUCUUAGAAAAAUAAUUUUGAAUUUUUUUACUCUUUGUGAGAGGAUAAUCUAAGUUUAUUCUAAUUUGGUCAAAAAAUGAGAUCUAUGUAACAAAAACUAAAAUUUGGUGAGGGAAGCAGUUGUAGCCUCGAAUGUGAUUUUUGUUUAAUGUUUCAUAUGGACUUAAAAAGAGUGUGUUUUAGAAUUGUAUGUAAUGUUUUCUAUAUGUUUAUCAGAUUAUGCUUAUUGUAUUUUUCACUUUAUAUCUUCUACAGACGUAAUUUUUUGUUUUCUACCAUCUUCUGAGAAGUGUUCAGGUCUCCAAAUGACAGUGGAUCUUUUUAUUGUUUCUCUUGUUAACAUCUGGAUAGCAAAGCUAAUCCCUUUGUUCCAUCUUUACAAGUUUGAAAUUUAUGAAACUAAGGUCACUUAAGAUAUUCUACCCUGUUAUGAAAACUAUCUUUCCAUUUUACAAUCUUUCUGAAAUUAGCAUACCCCAUUCCUGUCUUAUAGAAUUAUGCAGCUUCUUGUAUUACAAUUUUUAUAUCUUCUCUUUGGGCCAAAUAUUGUGUGUAAGUUUUGAAGUAUAGUGUGAUAUUAAAUAAAUUAGUGUUAUUAUUAUUCCCACCACAGACUUUAAAUGAUGCUUUUGAUACUUUGGACAUUGGGCUCUGAGAAAUGUAGUGAGUUUUGAUAUACUUUGCUCUUAAAACCCUGAAUAAUGUAGGCAUUAAGGCUGAAAAAUAGAGUCUCAAGAAUCAACAUCUUUUAUGUUUAUUUUAAAAUAUCAUUUUGGGGGAUAUACAUUCUUCUAUUUAUGUUUUUUAAUCUGUAUAACUGUUGAUAUGGUUAUAAAAAUGUUAAUUUUUAUGAAGCUCUGCAAUAUACAAAAAUUAGAUUUUAGAUGCCAUAUUCAAAUGCACUUCUAAAUUUUAAGUUGUCAAGUGAACUUUAGUAAGCACACCUAUGCAAGGUAUGCAUAAUUCAUUUCAUCAUGCAUUUUAUAGUAAUUACACCCAUGUGAAAGUGUUUAUAAUUACUUAAAUGUGUUGAUUACUACAUACCUAAAAUCAUAUUGAAAUAGAAAGAAGAAGGGAAAUAUCUAGAAAUAUGCUUUUGGAAGAUGACAGACUCUUGGAAAUAAGAGAUUAUCACAAAUAAACAUUGCAAAAUAUACACAAAUAUAUAUAUAUAUAUAAUCUAGUGUACAAAUAUUUUUUCUGUUUGUAUAUACUAUAAAAAAUAGGAAAAACAAACCUGAAUAGGAAAAAUCAAAAUAGGGUUUAUUUUAUGAAAAAAUGAAACUUUGUUUAAAAUAUGCUAUCAAGUCUCUGUUACAAAAUUAUAUUUCCAAAACAUUGGUGCAGUUUUAUUAAUUAAAAUGUUUUAAAAGUAGAUAUAUUAAAUUUUCAUCCUGUUUAUGUAACUUAGUAGAUAAGAAGUUACACUGGGGAUUUUGGCCAUACCUGCAAUAUAUGAAAGUUGCUGUGGCAAUGCCAGAUUCUUGACCCACUGUGCCACAGCAGGAGCUCCAAAAAGUUAUGCUUUACAAGUGUCUUUGAGGAAAAUACUUCUCUUUAGAGACCGAGGCCUGUCCACAGUCUCCAUAUUAUAUAAGCCUUGAAUUAACCUGGCUAGAUAUUCUAGAAAUUAAAAAAAGGAAUUUGAAAUAAUUUAUUGAAGUUCAUCCUUAUCUCUGCAUUGUCUCAUAAGAUUAUUCCAUGAAGAUAAUAGACUCUCAUGGCAAGCUAUGCUCGUUUCUUGUUUGAAAACUCUACUCUUGAUAAUGACUGAAAUGCCUAACUUUGUUCCAGUGUGCCAUUUUCACAUGAGAAAGAAGGGCAAAAGGAAAGAAAUGAUAAAUUUAGUUGAACAAUUCAGUUAUAAAAUAUAUAACAUUUGUGUGAAUAUAUAUGUCUGUGUACAUGCAUACACAUAACAUUGGCAGAGGUGACGUAGAUUAGCUGGAGGAAGUGAGAGUGACUACAUGACAGAUUUGACAUCUUUUUCAAGUAUAGAUCAUAUUGUUAACUGUUCUCUAAAAUUCCUCUUUACAGAAACAUAUCUUUGCAUCCAAAUAUGAACAUAUAUCAAUGUUUCACAUUUUAACAGUACUUACUAAAUGUUCAUUGGAUCAUCUUCAAGGAAGAUUUCCCAAAGAGCUGCCUCUUGAGUGCAAUAUCAAACAAAUGUAAUUAUCCAGAGGCAGAUUUCAUUAUUUACUGAAUGUCAGCUACGUGCUGAAUGUAAGCUCUGAGAAUUAAAAAAAAAAAAAAAAAAAA